AUGUUCAAUGAAGAUACUCAUUUUAAUGAUAUACCAUUAGAGAUCCAAAAGGAAGAAGAACCACUGAAGAACUUAAGAAGAAUAAUAUUAAUGAUUGUUUCUGAUACUAGUGAUAGAGAGGUUGCUCCCGAAGCUGGAAUAGUUGGUUUACUAGGAAAAUGUGGUGAAUUCAAUUCAGAUGCUCUUAAUAAGAAUGAGAUCUCAGUGAUGGAAUUCUCAAGAGACGGUAAAUAUCUUGCUAAUGCUGGGGAAAAUGCCACUAUUGUUAUUUGGAAGAUUUUGCAUGGUUAUACCAAGGGUAUAUUAACUUUAGAUUGGAGUAAAAAUGAUUUCUUACCUUCCGGAAGUAUGGAUAGAACCGCCACGUUGUGGCAUGUGGAAAAUCAUACUUGUUUACAAACAUUCCAAGACGAAGAUUUCGCUACGACUGCUGAAUUUCGUCCUACAGAUGAUAGAUUCUUUCUGAGCGGUUCUAACCAUGUUCGAUUAUGGUCAAUUCUUGAAACUAAAGUUGCUUAUAGUAAGAAUUUGGGAGAUGAUAAUUUGAUAACAGAGCCGCAAUUCACUCCAGAUGGACGAUAUAUAAUCAUUGGUGGAUUCAAUGGUUCCUCGUUUGUUUUAGAUACGAAAGGAUUAUAUCACGUCAAUAGAUUUGAGAUAAAGGACAGAUCUAUGGUUAGUCCUUUCCAUAACAAGAAUGGUAACAAGAAUGCAGUGAUUGCUGCAUCUAUGAGUGAUGAUCAACAUUAUAUUAUUUCUGAUUCAGAUGAUCACAGGUGA